AUGCCUUCAAAUAAAAUUUACUACUUUGACUGCAAAGCUUUGGGCGAAGGAGCUCGUCUAUUGUUGGCGUAUGGUCAAGAAGGAUUCGAAGAUAUUAGAGUAACUGAAAAAGAAUGGCCCUCUUUAAAACCAACCAUGCCUUUCCAAACCAUGCCCGUCCUGGAAGUCGAUGGAGUAAAAUACUCUCAAAGUCUCGCCAUUGUACGCUACCUCGGCCGCAAAUACGGACUUUCGGGCAAAACAUUGGAGGAAGAUCUCUUGAUCGAUCAGAACAUGUAUUUCUUUAACGAUAUUCGUCUAGCUGCCUACGGUGUCUCACUUUUGCCUGAUGAGGAUCUUAAAGCUAAGCAAAAGAAAGAUCUCCACGAAAACUACUUACCAAAGGCAUUGAAAAAGUUGAACGAAAUCUUUAACGAGAACAACGGACACUUAGGAAUUGGAAGGCUUACAUGGGCAGACUUCAUGUUCGCGGGAACUUACGACCGAGUUAAGUUUCUACUUGAAAUACCUGACAUCGACGAACAAUACCCAGCCUUCAAAAAAUUACAAGACAAGGUAUUAUCAAUUCCUCAAGUGAAAGCAUACCACGAGAAAGCACCUAAAUCGAUUUGG